AUGUCGUACACGUUCAACAUGCAGCCCAUCGUCGCGGCGGCGAAGAAGAAGGACGCCCGCAAGGACGCCGCCGACGCCGCCGUGAGGGACUGCACCCCGCUCUCGCUGAGGGAGCGCGGCGCGGGGACGGCCGCCGUCGCCGUCGACGGCGACAGGGGCAGCCAGUACGCGCUCAAGUGGGCCGCCGACCACAUCCUCUCCCGCGGCCGCCCAUUCUUCCUCAUCCACGUCCGCCGCAAGCCCACCUCCCUCCACGCCCCCGGAGGUAAGCAGUUCGCCAUAUCGCACGUGCAGGAUGACGUUUCGGCAUCUUUCCAUGCUCAGAUGGAUCUUCAGGCUAAAGAUCUGAUGCUUCCAUUCCAGUGUUUCUGCAGCAGGAGAGGGUUGGAAUGCUGUGAAGUUGUCCUGGAUGGAACAGAUGUGGCGAAAGCUAUUGUCGAUUUUGUUGCAAGACACAAGAUCAACAAGUUAGUAUUGGGGGCAGCAUGCAGGAAUGCAUUUACAAGAACAAUAUGGAAAUUGGAUGUGCCAACAUCUGUCACAAAAUCCGCACCGAGUUUCUGUUCAGUGUAUGUGAUAGCAAAAGGAAAGAUUUCUUCUUUUAGGCCUGCCACUUAUGCAGAUGAUAACAGCAAAGAGGAUUUAAAAUCUGAUCUACCUGUCAAACAAUUAUCAGGCGAACCAACAGACAAGUUGCAAAAUGGACAUAAUCCGUCAAAGGCUCUACCAGUACGUGCUGCGAUGCCCAUAUAUGGCAGUUCUGAUGAAUCAACAGAAGACGGGAGCCUCAUUUCAUCAAAUCAACAAGGACAUAGCGACUCUUCAUCUCUACAAACAGCAUCUUCAUGCCCAAGUGAAUUCUUUAACAACAUUGAUCAACAAGAUAGAAAAUUCGUGGGAUAUGAUAAUUCAAGCCUCAAGGAUAGCGCACUAAAUCAUGGAUACAAUGUCUACAGUCCACUGUCGCCAACUGAAGAUGAUGAAGCUGAACUAAGUCUCUUUAAGAUUGAACGGAAGCAAAACAUUGGUGAUAUGCCUCCAUGGAAUAACACAGAGGAACGCAAGGAGAUGGCAAGAAACCCAGAAAGUUCACCUUCCAACGUCUCAUCUCAGAGAAACAGACCGGAUGUAGAACCAUGUACUCAAUCAGCAAUUGGCCCAAGACAUAAACCCUUGACCCUUGACACUUCAUCUUCUGACAGUCAACACAGAGAAAGAAUCACUGAAGAAUUUACAGAUCAUGACUGCCAAGAUAUCACUCAACCGCUUUUGAAACGCUGGCCACAGAUUCACUCACCUAGAGAGGACAGGAUACGUGGAUCUGCUCCGGGAGAGCCUCACAUGCUUCCACUCAACCUUAAAGCCUUACCGAAGCCAAUUGAGACGAAAAGGAUGCUAGAGUGUCUCCCUACUAGACUCGAGUGCAGAAUAUACACGCCGGAUGAUAUCGCAAAUGCGACUGAACAUUUCUCUGACGAGCUGAAGAUUGGAGAAGGAGGCUAUGGACCAGUCUAUAAAGCCACACUUGACAACACUCUUGUGGCAGUCAAGAUCCUCUAUUCUAAUGUAACUCAGGGACUGAAGCAGUUCCGACAGGAGGUUGAGCUGCUGAACAACAUUCGUCACCCGAACAUGGUGCACCUGGUCGGCGCGUGCCCCGAGUACGGCUGCCUGGUGUACGAGUACAUGCCGAACGGCAGCCUGGAGGACCGCCUCUUCUGCCGGUCUGGCACGCCGCCGCUCCCGUGGCAGCUCCGCUUCAGGAUCGCCGUGGAGAUCGCCGGCGGCCUGCUGUACCUGCACAAGAUGAAGCCCGAGGCGUUCGUGCACCGGGACCUCAAGCCCGGCAACAUCCUCCUCGACGCCGGCUUCGUCUCCAAGAUCGGCGACGUCGGUCUUGCCCGCAUCAUCCCCCGGUCCAUGGACGGCGCGGCCGCGACGACGCAGUACCGGGAGACGGCGGCGGCGGGCACCUUCUGCUACAUCGACCCGGAGUACCAGAAGACGGGGCUGGUCUGCACCAAGUCGGACGUGUACGCGCUGGGCGUCAUCUACCUCCAGAUGGUCACCGGCAGGGAGCCCAUGGGGCUCGCCUACACUGUCUCCGACGCGCUGGAGGGUGGCACGUUCGCCGACGUCCUCGACGGCAACGUGGCCGGCUGGCCGGUGCAGGAGGCCCGGGCUUUCGCCGAGCUGGCGCUCAAGUGCUGCGAGAUGCGGCGCAGGGACCGGCCGGACCUGGAGACCGUCGUGAUGCCCGAGCUGAUCCGGCUGCACCGGCUCGUCUCGCCGUCGGAGUAUCCUUCUCCUUCCAUGGAUCAACUUCAUCACCGUUCAGCAAGUGAGAAGGAGUUGCGUUUGGAUGAUGACCUGGUUGACAUUCUGAGCAAUGGGAGCGUGAAGGGAGGAGCAUCAUUUGCAAUAUGACAUGACGAGGACCAGAAGCAGGUCUAAUUCUACUAUGCGCUUGCUUUCACUGGAAUCUGCAGCGGUUUCUAUGAAUCUUUUGUAAAUACCACCUUAGCCUGGCAAUUUUGGGGACCAUAUGCUCGGAAUUAUGCCAUGAUCAGGACAAAGAGUAACACAAAUCAUUAGCAUGGUUUUUUUUUUAAUUUUAUAUGCAUCCACAUUGAAGGAUAUCUAUCCAAGAUUUAGCAGACAAUAUCAUUGUACAAUUUCCCACGGUACAAAAGGAAUGUAUAUUGCAUUGAGUGCGCAUUUGUGAUUUCUUCUGAAUGAGACAUGUCAAGCUUCUUGUAAACUGUGUUGAGUACGUGAACACUAUGUAGAUCCAAACAAUUGCCAAAAACAAUCACAGAGCCAAAGAUAAGUGACAAAGCCUAACCCUCCAUGUCGUUUUCCAAAUGGAGAUGCUACCAAUUGGCAAACCAUGGGUGCUCCAACAUUUCCCAUUGGCGGCGGCCUGCUGGUCAUGAAGCGUACGCAGGCUGAAAGCGAAAGAGAAAACUUCGGCGGCGGCACCGAGGGGAGAUCGCCGACGUUGCUCUGGUCCCAUCGAGUCGCCGUCUUGGAGCCACUCUUUCCCUCGACCAAUGGCCGUGACACCUCUCUUGUUUAAAGCUACCACAUCAGCGUCCCCGUUUCCAGCUUCGGUUGCCGCCGCCGCUCUCCCAUUACCUCCGGUCUCGUUGCUCAAUCAGCCUCCACCGUUGCUCAAGAACAUGCUCAUCAACACGGCCGAGGCCAGCUAUCUCGCCGGCGCCGGCGCCAUUUGCCUGCGUCCGGAACCGCCGGCGAGGCUCGCGCAGCGGAGGCUGCCGCCUGCAGGCUCAUCUUCCACGGCGAGGGCUGCGUCCAAUGGCCUCAGAACGCACUGCAUGAAGGUGAUGACUGAUGACUAAACUUGAACCAUCUCCGUCGUGGAUUUCGUGAAAGGAAUUUCUAGUAGCUGACACUGAACUCACACACGGGAUGUCGCCAUGGCGAUGACGCCAGACCUGGAACCCGUUCACCAACAGGAGGUACGAGGCGCUGUCGUACCUGCCGCCGCUGACGGCGGAGUCCGUCGCCAAGGAGGUGGACUUCAUCCUGGCCAAAGGGUGGGUCCCCUGCCUCGAGUUCGACAAGGUAAUCUUCACCAUAUCCAUGGCAGAUCACCAGAUAGUACUAGAAUCUGUCAGACCAUGUGGCAUGCAUGUAAAUUGUUGUGAUGUGCAGGCCGGGGAGAUCCACCGGAGCAACAGCCGGAUGCCGGGGUACUACGACGGCCGGUACUGGACGCUGUGGAAGCUGCCCAUGUUCGGGUGCGCCGGCGCGGCGGAGGUGCGCCGGGAGCUGGACGAGUGCCGGCGAGAGUACCCGGACGCCUACAUCCGCCUCAU